AUGUGUGGUAUUUUUGCCUGUUAUAAGCACGACUGUGUAGAAGCCUUUAAGCCAACAGCUUUACGUCUAUCUAAAAGAAUUAGACAUAGAGGUCCUGAUUGGUCAGGAAACAUCACUAAAAAUGAUACAAUAUUUGUACAUGAGCGUUUAGCUAUUGUUGGUUUAGAUGCUGGUGCUCAACCUAUUGUUUCUUCUGAUGGAAAUUAUAUGUUAUGCGUUAAUGGUGAAAUAUAUAACCAUAUUGAACUAAGGGAACAAUUCAGUGAUUACGAUUUCAAGUCUCUUUCAGAUUGUGAACCUAUCAUUCCGCUAUAUAAGGAGUAUGGUAUUGAUACACCUAAAUACUUGGAUGGUAUGUUUGCAUGGUGUUUAUAUGACGUCAAGAAAGACCGUAUAAUUGCUAGUAGGGACCCAAUUGGUGUUACUACUAUGUAUAUGGGAAAAUCUUCCAAGUCUCCUAAGACAAGGUACUUUGCAUCUGAGCUUAAGUGUUUGGUUGAAGAGUGUGACGAGAUAAUAUCAUUCCCACCUGGUCACGUUUAUGACUCUGAUACCGAUCAAAUCACUAGAUAUUUUACUCCUAACUGGUUGGAGGAGUCACGCAUUCCACAAGCUCCUGUUCAUUAUACUGCAAUCCGCGAGACGCUUGAGAAAGCAGUUAGAAAGAGGUUAAUGACCGAAGUUCCGUAUGGUGUCUUGCUCUCUGGCGGUUUGGACUCUUCUCUUAUCGCUUCCAUUGCCGCGCGUGAAACUGAGAAGGCUAAUCUUGAACUAGAGUCAGCUUAUUCUGAUGAGGACUUCAAAAACCUUGCUGGUCUGGACAAACAGGGACACCUUCACAUGUCUGGUUGGUCAAAAUUGCACUCUUUUGCCAUUGGGUUACCUGGUGCGCCAGAUUUGCAAGCUGCUAAGAAAGUUGCGAAGUUCAUUGGUACUAUUCACCAUGAGCACACCUUCACACUACAAGAGGGAUUAGAUGCUUUGGAUGAUGUGAUUCACCAUUUAGAAACUUACGAUGUUACUACAAUUCGUGCCUCUACUCCAAUGUUCUUGCUUUCCCGUAAAAUCAAGGCCCAAAGUGUAAAGAUGGUUUUAUCCGGAGAAGGUUCUGAUGAGAUAUUUGGUGGCUAUCUUUACUUCGCACAAGCACCUAACGCAGAAGACUUCCAUGUUGAAUCUGUAAAGAGAGUUAAAAAUCUGCACUUAGCUGACUGCCUACGAGCCAACAAGUCUACUAUGGCAUGGGGUUUAGAAGCACGUGUUCCAUUCUUAGACCGCGAGUUCUUACAGCUAUGUAUGAACAUUGAUCCUAAAGAGAAAAUGAUCAGACCUGAAGAGGGUCGUAUUGAGAAGUACAUCCUAAGAAAGGCUUUCGACACGUCCGAAGAUCCCGAAGCCAAACCAUACUUGCCUGAGGAGAUAUUGUGGAGACAAAAGGAACAGUUUUCAGACGGUGUUGGUUACUCAUGGAUUGACAGUCUGAAGGAUGCUGCUGAGAGCGCGAUUUCUGAUGAGCAGUUUGCGAACCCUAAGCCCGAAUGGGGAGAUGAUAUCCCUACAACAAAAGAAGCUUACUGGUACAGAUUGAAGUUUGACGCGCUAUUCCCUCAGGCUACAGCAGCAUCAACUGUUAUGCGUUGGAUCCCUAAGGCAGAUUGGGGUUGUGCUGAAGAUCCUUCUGGUAGAUACGCUAAAAUUCACGACCAGCAUGUUGUUAAUUGA